AUGGCUCUCGUCCGCGAUCCAUAUUUCUGGAAACGCUUCAGCACAGCAGUUCAUUUAGAUGAGGUAGCCAAGAGCGCAAGCACACUCGACCUGGAAUCGAUGCAGAAAAGACAAGCCGACAACUGGCUCGAGCGAGAACGCCAAAAAAGCAAACGCUCGCUCAUCUGGGGCUUUGUCAUUUUCAUAUUCAUCAUCCUGAUUGUCGUCGGCGGUGUGAUCGUCUGGUGGCUCGCCAAGCACAACUGGCUUCAGACUCCUGAACCGUGA